AUGCAACUUCGAAAGACCAUUAAGAGACCUGGCCGGUUUGAUGAGGAGGUCUUUGAGGCCGGACAUGCAGAUGUCACGAUGACGACCGGUAUGCCAUCUGAGGACUAUACGGUCCCCAGGCGACUGGUCACCGAGCCCGCUUUCCUGCCUACAGCAGCAGCUUUUCCCUCCGUAUCUCUGUCAGGGGCUCCAGAAUCCCCUUCAAGGAAGAAUUGGCUUGCGGAGGCUAUUCAAAAAAGUAACGAGACUCGGUCAGUCGAUCCUGCCUUAUUCAGUGAAGGUUCUGAGGGUGACGAUGAUGGCGAAGAUGGAUACACCAGCCAACAGAACUCUCCUGACGUUGACACAUCGCGCUACUCCAAUAUAUCGCUUGAGAUGGAAACGAGUCCUGUGCGAAGUGAUGAGAACCAUAAUGCUUCGAAUGUUACAUGGUCGAUGCUUGAGCCAAGCAUACAACUGUAUAUCUUCGAGAGUCUCUUCGUCAGUCUAAAGCGUGCCAACACAGUGGCAGAGGUUUUAGCCUUGGAUGCAGAACAGCUCGAAAAUGUGGCUUAUCUACGCAACUUACGACACAUCCAUCCCAUGAGUACUGACCUACUAUGGAAACAUUGCGCCAAACGUGGCACAGGUGCGACGACUGGCGUUUACGACGGUAGCGCACCACCGGUUGAGCCCGAGAUUUUGCGUCAAUACAUGAAGUAUUUUACCUUCGCUGAACAGCUUAGUACUGCGUCCGAACCGCAGAGACUCCUUGGUUUGCACUUUCUUCGCAAGCGUGGUAUCGACGGCGACUUCGUCGAUGCGUUGCUCAGAAAUCAGCAAGGUAUUUGGUCAAGACCUCCAGAACAAGCGAGCAUAGGUUCUAAGGAUGUAGGCGACCAUGCGCAUUUCCACGAGACAACUUUCCGAGAUGAGAAUACUGUCCAGGGAGACUUUCGGCAGACUUUUCUGUCCAAGCCCUUGUUGGACAUUAGUGCUGCUGUACCACAUCUUCGCUUUAGCCUAGAUAGUGUCGGCUCAGAGGGCGAGAUAUCGUCCACGGCGCAGAGUCACCAAACUGGUACUUACGGCCCUGGUGCUAAAGCAGCACCAGAUACGACAGUCGUCGCGGCUGAGGAUCCUGAACGUCGUGCUUCGCAAACUAUGCACCAACCAACCACGAACUCAGCGAAAGAUGGCAGCACAAACACGACUGCAGAUACGGGUUGGGUCUGUCUGUUGAUGCACUUGAUCACCGCUUUUGACGCCCAGAACGAGCUUAUCUUGAAGAAAGUGGCGGACAUGCCUUUAUCUAACCAGGAUCGAGCAAUCCUUCUCGAGGCAAGUAAAGCUCAAUGCGAAAAGAACAUCCUCAAGGCAUUUCGAGAGAAGAUCACAGAGUAUAGUCGUGUUUUCUCGAGAUCGAUCACUCAGGAAAACGCAAUCAAAGCCUCUGCUGCGUCAGGAAAAGAUCUCCCUGUUCAAUUCGACGGAAGAGCUGGUGAAGCGGCUGUAGCCCUGCAGUCGACUCUGGCAGGCAUUGCGGACGAUGAUACAAUCGGGGUCCGUCACGUUGAAGGUGUAAAGCAUAAGAAUAUUCUCAGUAGUAUUGUGAGCACUAAGAGUCCGACUUCUACACAUGACGGAAGCACUGGUCGUCGGAAGGUGGUUGGCUUUUCGGAUAAUAUGACGGUGGCCAGAAGGCUGAAGUUAACGACAAGAAAACGGCUUGAAAAUACCGCAGGCCUAGAGAAUGAUGGUAUGUUAGAGACACCACGUCGUGCAACACCUCCAGAACAAAAAUCGCCUAUUGCACCACCAUGGUCACCUCUAGUUGACCGGGAUUUCUCAGAUCGAGAAGACCUGCAGCUUCCGCCUCCUCCACUGCGACCAAAGCAGCCCUACAGUAAUCUUGCCACGAGCAACCUUCGAAGCUCGACCCCAUGGAAAUCCAGAGCCGUAUCUACCGCCCAACCUCAACAACCGCCGCUCGAUCAGCCCAACGUCCAAACACAAGAGCAGUCCAAACCUGAACGCCUAAAAAUUAAGUUCAGGAUGGCACCCUCGCAACCUCCAUCCCGCUCGUCAUUGCUAGCCAACAAUACCGCCUCCUUUGGAGACACUGAUAUAUCUGACCGCUCGCGGCGAUCCUCUUUUCUGCCACUGAACACUACUGAACUUGGAGUAUCUUUACCUCCAGCCCUGCCUCCUCCUCAGCAGUCGAGAUCACCACUAGAGGAUAAGGGAAAGAAGAGAGCGCCGUAUCAGACCAAGGCACGAAAGGCAGCAGCUGAAGCCGCGAACAAAUCAGAGCAACCACCACCUCUAUCUGCUUAG